GUGGCGGCAGCGUGCGGACUGGCGCGCGAUCUCCGGCCGUACGACCGACCGCACAGCGGCACCGCCGCAUUCAGACGGCCCUCGGGAGGUCACCGUGAGGUCAUAAGUGAGGUCACCGUCUGCCCGGCCACGGACGCCGCCGGCCGGCGCGACACGGAGGAGCGCCCGGUACCGGCCGUCUGCCCCUGACCGACGCGUGAGCAAGGCAGGCGGUGCGGCCGUGCGUCGGACGAUGCGUGGCGCCGGGGCCGGCCAUGAACGGCUCGGCCUCUGGCGACGAUGACUGGCGCCAGCAGCAGCAGCCCGACCCGGCCAGCAACGCCACCGUCGUCUUCAUCUACCCCACCGUGUCUCCGGAGACCGUGUGGGUGCCGAUAGUCUGCUGCAUCGCUGCAUUCCCUGCGCUCGUGCUGACCAUUGUGAUGCUGCUGCGACACCGGGCCAUGCGAGCUCGAGCCAGGUCCCGCAUCACGCGCAAAAGAGAAGCGGUUCGCUACACGCAGGCUGCCAACAAGUACUGCAAGGUUAAACUGCAAAAUUACGACGGGCUAGAGACUGUGGAAGGCAGAGACCGAGAUGCUCAGCUCACAGGGACUCGCAUGAAUGGCAGCUACACCAUCAGCACCGACCUGGCGACGGCUGUCGACCGCUCGGAGGUCACAGACGGCGACGCCUCCACCUUCGACAUCGCCGGUAUCGUGGCCGGCGGCGGGCGCAGAGCGGGCCGACUGGCGGCCAGCGGCACCGACGAGGACAUCGCCUCGGGCUGCUCCAGCCAGGAGUGGGAUGAGCCGGACGCGUCGCCGGAAGCGGCCGUUUCCGGUCGCGCUGCCAGACAUCAGUGACGGCUCGAUGCGCGUCCCCGGGCACGGAAGCACGCUGAGCGCACGUGCAGCAGAGGCCAGACACGAUUACACGCUUUCCGACCCGACAUCAAGCACGUCCAUGUUGCCGGCGCGUGUUCGGAACACUCGCAGCACCCUCCCGACCCGAAGCCGGAGCGCGCGGGAUGGCGUGGUAGGCGGAGGGCGGCUGACGAGCAGAUCCCAGUGGCCCGAGUUGCCUCCGGAUUAGGUCCCCGCUUCCACUCGGGUCAGAGCUUUGUACAAAUGUACCAGUGUUCUGA